AUAUGUACCCGACAAGAUCAGUAAGAAGCUUAUUUCAAUGGCGAAAUCUCAUUUGCCUGCAUAUGCUUCCUCUUCCGCAAAAAUCCACCCCUCAAACGACCCCGAGAUAGAUCCCAAUUCCUGCUCCCUUGAAAAGUUCAAGCUUUACGAGACCAGAGCGAGGUUCUAUUUAAUUGGGAGUGACAGGAACAAGAGGUUUUUUCGAGUGUUGAAAAUUGAUCGAUCGGAGCCGUCUGAUCUAAAUAUCAGCGAGGAUCCGGUGGUUUAUUCACCUCAGGAAAUCAAAAACUUGCUUCAACGGAUUGAUGAAGGAAAUCGUGCUACCGGCGGCCUCAACCCUGUGGCUAAGGUUUUUGGCAUUGCAGGUUGCAUUAAGUUUUUGGAGUCAUAUUAUUUGAUUUUGGUUACCAAGCGAAGACAAAUUGGAUGUAUAUGCGGUCAUGCAAUAUACAGUAUAGAUGAGAGCCAAUUGAUUACGAUUCCUCAUGUCUCUAUUCAAUCAGAUGUGGCGCAUUCGAAAGCCGAACUCAGGUACAAAAAGCUACUAUCCAGUGAUUUGACCAAAGAUUUUUUCUUUAGCUAUACAUAUCCCAUCAUGCAAAGUUUGCAAAAGAAUGUGUCAUGUGAGGAAGGUAUGCCUUAUGAUAACAUAUUUGUGUGGAAUGCAUAUCUAACGCAAGCCAUUCGAUCGAGGUGCAAUAACACUAUUUGGACGAUAGCAUUAGUUCAUGGCCAUUUUAAGCAGACUAGGCUAUCCAUCUUUGGAAGGGAUUUCAGCGUUUCUCUGAUUUCUAGACGCUCGCGGCAUUUUGCUGACACGUUCUUGAAAAGGGGAGUAAAUGACCGAGGAAGAGUUGCGAAUGAUGUUGAAACGAGCAAAUUGUCCUCGAUGAGGAAGCUGGGUCAUGUAAGAAAAAUGAGUUCUGUGGUGCAGAUGCGGGGUUCAAUUCCCCUUUUCUGGUCCCAAGAAGCUUCCAGGUUCAGUCCUAAGCCUGAUAUUAUCUUACAGAGGUUUGACCCUACUACAGGCAACUAACUGCAUUUUGAAGACCUGCAAAAGAUAUGCAAUCCAAUAAUUGUUUUAAAUUUAAUCAAGACUGUUGAGAAAAGGCCGCGAGAAAUGAUGCUAAGGCGUGAGUUUGCAGAUGCAGUUGGGUAUCUUAACACAAUUAUCCCUGAGGAAAACCAAGUUCGAUUUAUACAUUGGGACUUCCAUAAGUUUGCAAAGAGCAAGUCUGCCAAUGUUUUAGCGGUUUUGGGUGGCGUGGCAAGUGAAGCACUUGACUUGACUGGUUUUUUCUAUAGUGGUAAACCAAGCAUCAUUAAGAGGAAAACCAACCAACCUAGUCGAACUGGAAGAGAUGCUUCUCUCAGAGAGUUGCGUGCCAGUUCAGGGGACCUUGCAAGGCUUGCAAGUGGUGGUGAGAAUUUAAGUUCUAUAAUUAAUCGAGAAAGAGAUACGGAUUUUGGCCAACAAAAUAAAAAAGACAACCAUGAUGGUGUAGCACCAUGUUUCCAAAGUGGAGUCCUGCGUACGAAUUGCAUUGACUGCUUAGAUCGUACUAAUGUUGCCCAGUAUGCUUAUGGGCUUGCUGCUUUGGGCCUCCAACUUCAUGCAAUGGGUUUGACAGACAUGCCAAAAGUUGACCCUAAUAGCAGCAUAGCUGCAGCUCUUAUGGAUAUGUAUCAGAGCAUGGGGGAUGCUCUUGCACAACAAUAUGGUGGCUCUGCUGCUCACAAUUCUGUGUUUCCGGAGAGGCAGGGAAGGUGGAGAGCUACUACCCAAUCCAGAGAAUUUCUUAAGUCUAUCAAGCGAUACUACAGUAAUGCCUACACGGAUGGUGAAAAGCAAGAUGCAAUAAAUUUAUUUUUGGGUUAUUUUAAACCACAGGAAGGGAAACCUGCUCUAUGGGAAUUGGAUUCUGAUUAUUAUCUUCACGUUUCCGGGAUUGGUGAUGACUUAUGCCCUGAUAAAUGUUUGGAAGCUACUGUUAAAGCUGUAGGACAAGGGAUGAUUCUUGCCCCUGUUCCAGCAUGCAGAGAAGAUUUUUCUCGGCUGAAAUUGACUUCCUUUGAAAAAUUGAUAGCGAAAACAUGUAGCUCAAUAAAAAAUGUUAGACUUUGCAGUGAACCAGACCAAAGACCAGGUGGUGGUGCUGGAAAUUCGGGCGUGGCACCUGAUGCAGCUGAAAUACAGUUGAAGAGUCCAAAUUGGCUCUUCGGCCAGAGAAAGCUUGAAGGAAGUGUGUCUGCUCCCAAAGUUACAUCACAUGAAAUGGUAAAUCGGGAAGUUCAUAAUGAAAUCAGAGCCAACAGUUUCUGUGACUUGAAUUGGCUUUCUCCGGUUGAUGACAUAAACGAAGAAGAUGUCUUCCAAAGGUAUCUCACUAUGACCUCUGCUGAUGAAGCCAAUGGUUGGUAUGGUGGAACACUGCUCGGUGAUCAAGAUGAAGGCAGUGAGAUAUAUAAACAUUAUACUGAACUAUGCCAGGGCCCAGCAAUGGAACCCUUCCAAAAUGAUCAUCAGAGGGAGAUGCACUAUUCUCAUGUUCUAGAAAUGAAUAGACUUGAUGUGGUAGACAAAGAUGUGGUCGAAGCAGAGAUGGAAGCAGUCCUCAGGGAGUAUGAUCAAAUUGGUGCUGAUCUUCGGAUCAUCCCGACAUCAUGUAAAUUGUUUGCUGAAGAUCCGAGUAGGUUGUCGAGAUAGAUCAUUGGGGAGGAGAAGUUGCAGAAAGUGUGAAACCAGUUUGCAGCUGUGUUUCCUGGCACUGUAUAUAUAACGUCAUUGUUAUCUUUCUGUAAUGUAAAUUAUUUUGGUUAGUAAUUUCGAAGAUAAAAAGCAUUUGAGUAGUUAUGUAAAGUUUGUUGAAUGGUACACUAAUUUCUGGAAGUCAAUCACCACAACAUGAGUUUUAAUAUUUCAA